AUGCUCCUCUUGGAAAACUCGACUAUGCCCCGUCACUUGUUCGACGAAUUUCCCGACCGAUGUUUCCCUGUGGAAAGCAAUCAUCAAGUGUUAAUCGACCCACGGUAUGUCGGCCGCAGUUCUCGGCAUGUACUCGGGAAUGCAGCAGGCUCGAUUUAUCCCAGUCAGAUUCACCUUCCCACUGGUGCUUACAGUACCAAUGAUUUGAGGCUUGAAGAGAAGACUUGGACUAAUAUUAAAUCUUAUUUAACAAGAUGUCCUGUGGUGCAUCUUGUUCAUGAAGUGUCAAAUAUCAUAUGA